AUUGUGAUUUAAUAGACAAUUGGGAUGGUUGCAUAGGCGAGGAAAAUCAAUAAAAAGGUGAAAUUUAGCAAAAACUAAUAUUUUUUAGCGAAGAUAGAGUACAAGUGUAGAGCUGAAGACUUUUAUUAAGAAUGCCAGACAAUUGUGAAGCAUGCCACAAUGCAAUUAGAGAUACUACAGUCACAUUUGAAAAAAAAUCUUUUCAUCCAGAAUGUUUUGUUUGCCAUCAGUGCAGAAAACAGUUAUCAGGCAAAUCUAUUUUUAAGCACGAAGGUCACAAUUACGACCAAGAUUGUUAUGCUCUUUUUCAUGCCAAGAAAUGCGCCGUUUGUUACCAUCCUUUAACCGACACUAAUGUCAAGUACGUAACGUAUGACGGAAAAUCUUUUCACCCAGAUUGCUUCCUAUGUGCUAAAUGCAAGAAAACAUUGCAAGGUAAGGCUAUUUACAAGCACGAGUCUGAUAACUACUGUAAAGAUUGCUACAGCACAACUCAUGCAAGAGUAUGUGGAAAAUGCCACCAAUCUUUGGUCGAGGCUAACGUCAAAUACGUCACAUAUGGUGACCAAGCCUUUCAUCCUCAUUGCUUCUUAUGCACAAAAUGCCAACAGUCUUUGCAAGGUCAAGAAUUUUAUAUUGUAGACGAUGAUAAAGUAUGCACAGAGUGCUAUUGAAACGCAAGAUACUCAAAGAGGUUUAUUUAUAAAACAUAUAGGAUUUUAAAAAUAAUAUAACUAUAAGAUAUAUAUCGCAAAGUAUAGCUAAUA